AAGGGACCUGCUGCGGAUCCACGAGUGGCCGUGGACUUCACAAUCUGCGACUACUAAUUUAGCUCAAUUAUAUUGAAGCUCCCUUGGUGUUCAAUCCAUAUACAUUCAACAACAAAAAAAGAAACAUGGACAAAGGCCGCAGCAGCAUGGUGCAGUUCUGGAAGGAGCACUCCAGGAAGGCCACGGUGGAGGAGAUGAUGCUGGACUCCCACGCCAUGGAGCUCACCAAGCAGGAGCUGCCAGAGGUCCUCUCCCUACUGCCCAGCCUGGCCGGCCAACGGGUGCUCGAGCUGGGUGCUGGCAUCGGGCGGUUCACAAGCCACCUGCUUGCCAGCGCUGCCCACGUGACGGCGGUCGACUUCAUGGAGAACUUCGUUGAGAAGAACAGACAAGACAAUGGUCACCAUAGCAACGCUUCUUUCCUCCAAGCCGAUGUCACCAAACUUGAGUUCCCCUUAAACAGCUACAGCGUGAUCUUCUCCAACUGGCUGCUCAUGUACCUGUCUGACGAGGAGCUGGGCCUUCUGGUGGAGAAGAUGCUGGGCUGGCUGGCUCCUGGAGGCCUCCUCUUCUUUAGGGAGUCCUGCAACCACCAGUCAGGCGACUGUAAGAGGGAAUUCAACCCCACAAACUACCGGAGCCAGGGUCAGUACAGCCACCUGGUAACGUCAGCGCACUGGACCCAGACCGAGGGGGGCCAGAAGUUUGGUUUCGACAUUAUUCUGACCAAGAAAGUUCAGACCUACGUUAAGAUGAAGAAGAACCAGAACCAGAUCUGCUGGCUGCUGGAGAAGGUUCCCCGUCCCCAGGUCACCCCCAGCGGGUUCCUCACCUUCCAGCAGUUCCUGGAUAACAAGCAGUACACCCGGCGGGGCAUCCUGCGCUACGAGAAGAUGUUUGGGGCCGGCUUCGUCAGCACAGGAGGCCUUAGCACCACCAAGGAGUUCGUGGACCUGUUGAACUUGAAACCGGGCCAGAAGGUUCUGGACGUUGGCUGUGGCAUCGGUGGAGGAAACUUCUACAUGGCCAAGACAUUUGGAGUGGAGGUGCUAGGACUGGACCUGUCUGAGAACAUGGUGGAGAUCGCCAUGGAGAGGGCGAUCGAUGAGAAGCUGCCCAUGGUGACCUUCGAGGUGGCUGACGCUACCAAGCGCUCCUUUGAGGAGGGCUCCUUCGACGUCAUCUACAGCCGGGACACCAUCCUCCACAUCGACGACAAGCUGGCGCUCUUCAAGCGCUUCCACUCGUGGCUGAGGCCCGGAGGCCAGCUGCUGAUCAGCGACUACUGCUGUGGGGAGAAGCCCUGGACCCCCACCUUCCAGGACUACGUCCAGCAGAGGGGCUACGUCCUCUACACCCCCCAGCAGUACGGCCAGUUCAUUGAGGAGGCUGGUUUCUCCAGCGUGCGCGCGGAGGACAGGACUGCCCAGUUCAUACAAGUCAUCCAGACAGAGCUGGAGAGAGCAGUGGCCAUCAAAGAAGAGUACAUCGCGGAGGUCUCGGAGGAGGACUACCUCGAGGUGGUCAGAGGCUGGAGUGACAAACUGAAGCGCUGCAACGUGGGCGACCAGCGCUGGGGUCUCUUCUACGCGACCAAAUCCUGAGUCAGAGGCCGGAGGUGGAAGGAAGUGAACAGGAGAAGAGAUGGGACACCUUGAGGCUCUACACCCGGGAUCAGGGAUGUGUGACGUGCCCUGGCCCAUGUCCAGCAGUUCAGUCAACCAUUCUGACACAGUAUGCCGAUGUUUGUUCUGUGAGACCCUGGAUUACAGGGACGGGGUCAGGACGAUCUCCAAUUGCGUUUUCUGGGUCCUUGAGUUCAUAGGAAGGUAAAAAAAAAAAAAACUCUCAGGAUGUUUAAAUUCAUGACAAAUAGUUUUCAGAAUAAAUUACUUUAAACCGA